AAGAGAGGUGGUAGUUUCUUCAACUUACGAGAAAAACAUCGGACCAUAACAGACAGUUGUACCUCUAGAAUGAAAGUCUUUCCUCUCUGUCUCUUAUCUCAGUGACAAGUGAUCAUUCUGGCUUAUAUUUCGGGCACAGAUUUUCGUGCCGGCUAUUGUGCAAGCGUCCAUGAUGGUUGUACGACGUCGCCUUCAGUUGACGCUGGCGAUUCUAAAACCUGACUUAAUGAUGCACCCAGUGAGAACCAAGGUGAGAAAAGUUCUAGUAAGAUUUCUGCACUGCGCCAUACAUUUAUUCAUGCGGCAAUCUCAUAUUAUUUCACACAAAAUUGAAUGAGCUAGUAAAGUCGAAACAUACAUAAGUUUAAUGUGAUGGGCCUGUGCGAAAAUCUUACCCCUGCUUACCCCUGAAACCUUUCCCUGUCUUGUUCCAGAUACCCCGUACACUUCUCUAUUCUUAACCCAAAUAUACCUUUGCUUUCUUUCCCCCCCUCAUUCCCCCCCUUUUAUCCCCCCCCCCCCCACCCUCCAUUCUUGCCCUUCCCUGCUAGCAGAGGUCUCUCACGACGAGGCAAAAAUGAGAGAUCUCAUUUUUGCCUCGUCGUGAGAGACCUCUGCUAGCAGGGAAUUCUUGCCCUAGAUAUACUUCCCCCUUCUUUUUCUUACCCCAGGGACCUUUCCCUAUCUUAUUCCAAACACACCGUGCACUUCCCUGUUCUUACCCCAGGUACACCGCUGCCACCUCUGCCUUCUUACCCCAGAUCCACUUGCCACUUUAACUUGUUGUGACAAAUUAGUAAUUGUUUUCAUGAUAGAAAGUGAAGAAGAUCAUAAAGGACAAAGGCUUCCUUGUUGUUCAAUCAAAAGUUACACAGCUAAACCAGCAAGAAGCAGAAAAGUUCUAUGAAGAGCACAAAGGUUAAGAACAUAAUAAAUAAUAAUUGUUUCUUUUCUAACCAAUACAUGAAUCUACUAGUACCACGAAUUAUUAUUCUCCUUUCAGUAGAAAUAAGAAUACCAUAUGACACUCAUUGACUUGAGAGGAAGUUGAAUUUUUGAAAUGGCAAUUUUUUGUAUUUUACAGGAGAUAAUUUUGCAGUCGGUACUGUGUGGUUUUUGUCAAAGGGGGUUAAAUUUUGUGAUGAUGUUUAAAAAUUCAACAUGAAAAAAUCCAAAGAAAUAUUAUUACACAAUAUGAAAACUUCCAAAAUUAACUGCUACGUUACUGUAUGCAUUUUGUCAUUGACACCCGAAAUGCUUAGAAUGAAAUAAUAUUUCUGAUUAGAAGAGAUUUUUGGUUCUUUAGAGAUGAUGGUCAUUUUCUUCAGCAAUAUAAUUGCACAAAAUUUGUUUUGGUUUGAUAACAGGGUUUAAAGACAAAAAUAUUUGGUGGCUUUAUAAAAUAUAACUGCUUAUUGAAUUCUGAACUGAUAUGAAAAGCCUUUAAGAGUCACUCAGGAAACUCACAAGAAGGGCAGGAAUUGAAAUUGAAAAUUGAAAUCCACUUGCCCAGUGGGCAAGUAAAUUUAACUUUUCACUUGACCCCACUUAAAUGUUAUUUGUUUGAAGGGAACACAAUGCCUUAUCAUCUAUAGUUCUAAGGUAAUGUCUAUAGUAAGUUAUAGAUUAUAACAAAGUGUUGAAGAGUACUAGUACAUAACUACUGUGCCAGAUACAGGGUAACCACUGGAUUUGACCAAUAUGGUGAUCAGAGCAGUAACAUGAGAGGGCAAAUGUACACUUGGAUUUUAAAUUGAUUCAUGCUUUCAACUAAUUGUAUCACUCACCUUGCAGUCUUCAGUUUGGAAAUUAUCAUUUACCAAGCUGACACUUUCAGACAUACUCACAGGACUGCUAACCUUAAUUUCUCUUGCCCACUAGCCACCAAAUUUUUGUUCUUUCCCAACAUCAAAAUUUACUUGCCCCAGGAAAUCAGAGCUGGGUUUUUUUGCUACCCUGCACUAAUUUUUCAACUGUUAUUAAUUUUUUUCAGAACGUUUUUUCUACACAAGGCUUAUUACUUUCAUGAGCAGGUGGUUAUUUAGCUCCAUGAUUAAAUCUCUUGUAAAAUUGUAAAAAAAAAUAUGUAUCUUAUUACUGUAAGAUAUAUAAAUUAUUUAUUUACCCACAAAGCAUUUCGGAGUUCUUAAGACCUCAUUAAAAUGUGUCCAUCCAUAUCACAUCAAAAUUGGAAUUUGUUCCAAGUGUACAAGUAAGUGUUUGAGGGGAGAAGAAAACUGGAGUACUUGAAGAAAAAGCUCUCAGAGCAAAAGAGAGAACCAACGACAAACUUUCUCCGUUUUCCGUCUGGUGUAUACUGGUGAGACAGUAUGCUUUCUCUUUUUCUCAAUGGUCAAAGAUUAACAUUAGGUUAAUGAUUACUGAUGAAGUUUUUUUGUACUUAAAGACUUUAGGUGUUGAAUUACUACACUUAACACCCAAGAAAAUAGACAGCAGCUAAAAUCCUGGCAAAAAUAAAUCACAUAUGCUUUUCAGAAAUAAACUUUCGCUAUUACUGGCAGACUCUUGCUACCAUCAAAUUCCAUUAGUGCAGCCAUCUUUGGGAAAGCGAUUUCGUAGUGAGAGUCUGUAAAAGCAGGAGUUUAUUCCAGUCAAACAUCUGUUCUUAGUUUUCACAAGGAAUUUAGCUGUUUUCCGAAUUGGUUGAUUGUUUGUAAUUGUGAUGUGUCCACAAGCCAAGUGUUGACUGUAUUAAGGAUACUAACUUACAUUGACUGUAUUUACAAGACCCUUUUUAAAAAGUAGUCAGUCAGAAAACAAAUUACUUCUUCAAGACCUAUUGUCUCUAUUGUAGUGUAAGAAAAAUUUCUUCCAUUCCCUUCCCGUUGUUUUUAGACUGUUCUCUCUCCCCUAUUUUCCAUGUUAUUUUUGAGUAUGAUUGCUGAAGAGUUCAAAUUGUUCAUGGGUACUGGGGGUGGGUAUAUCCAGGGUUCACACAGUCUUGAAAAGUCCUUGAAUUCCAUUUUUCCUUGAAAAGUCCUUAAAUUUCUGUGCAAGUCCUUGAAAAGUCCUUGCAUUUUCUUCAACUUUGAAUGUGGUCGCCUGGAAAGUGUUUUUUAAUGCUUUUCGGGUUGUCGAAGACAGAAUAUAAAUCAGAGCUCAGAGAAGUUAAUGGUGAUUUGCAUAAAGCGUUUCUGUUUUAUGUAAUAGUUAACCAUCAAUUGAAGACAAAAGAACUGAAAAAUGUGGAGAAGUUGGUGAAGCAAGCAGUUCAAGCCUUAAGGUCCUAUUAGAAUGGACUGGGAAUGUACAUUUUUGUACAAUCUGUGAAAUUAAGUUCCUGUUAGGUGGUCCUUAAAAAUCGAAUGAGGUUGUAGAAAAGUCCUUAAAAAAAGGUUGCAAUUUUAUUUAUGAAGCCUGUGUGUCACCUGUCCUCCCAUCCACAUGGGUCUUUGUUCUCCUCCCAGUUUUCGCUCACCAAGAGAAUUCAAGACAGCGACCCUUGACCUCGACAGUCGUACCAAAAAAUAGGAGAUGUGAACAGUUAACCCUUAAAGUCCCAAUAGUGACCAAAAUCAAUUUUCCCCUAACUAUGUCCAUAAAUUGUCAAGAGCAAAGUCUACGAGAAUUAAUAAAAUGAUCUCAAAGAGAAAAAUCUUUGAUCUUUGAUCAAAUUAUCUCAACUAAUUCUGUAAGGAAAUGUAUGGAGAUCAGUUUGGAGAAUCGAUAGUGGGGCUUAAAGGGUUAACCAGUGUGGACUUCUUUUUGGUCUCCAUGACUGUAGUCAAGCUGUUGCCACCUUGCCUAGGAGCUUGUAACAGUUACAGUAGAACUCCGGUAACUCGAAUUCCGAGGGGAAUUGGAAAAUAGUUCUUAUUUUGUGGAGGUUCAAGUUCUCAAGGCCGAUUGAAAAGUCAUUUUGCCAUGUUUAUUAGUGUUUGUUUACUGAUUUUUUAGCACGUCAGUAUACAGUACAGUGCAUAUUAAACUUAUCUUAUCAGAAACUGUAACACAUGAUCCGGUAUGACUCAUAAUGUUGGGUAAUGACUUUUAAAUAUGUCAAAAAAUUCGUCACAUUAAUUAGAAUAAUAUUAAAUUGCUGUAGUGUCAGUUUUAGGCUUUUUACUGAUUACUCGACAAGAGUUGCGAGAGCCAGAACUCGAGCUAUCGGGGUAAAUUUUGAUUAAGGGAAACGAAAUUUAGAUCGAGAUAGCGGGGAAUUCGAGUUAUCUGAGAUCGCGGGAGUGAACUGAGUAAAAAUGACUGAAAAGUGAGGUGGAAUCCAAGGGGAAUGGGAACUUAGUUCAAGUUAACGGGGAGUUCGAGUUAUCCGAGUUUGAGUUACCACCGGGGUUUCUACUGCAUAGAUAUUUACAUAAGUGCGCACCACUCAGAGGUUCUGCUUGUUGGAGACCUAACCUAAAUGUUCUUCUUUGUCAGUUUAGUGGACCAUUGACAGCGAUGAUACUUGCAAGGGAAAACUGCAUAACUCUCUGGCGAGAACUAAUGGGGCCCACCAAAACUUACAGGUAACCAAGAAGUUGUAUUAAUGUCCUCCUCCUCACGCAUUAGUGUCCAUGCGACUAUUGAAUUCUGGAAGAAGAAGCCCUAGUUACUCUCGAAAGAGGCUAUUUGAUUACCACUACCAAGAUCCUUUAGGAUUUUAUUUGCUUUAAAUCACUGCUUUUUCUUAAAACCUUGCUGAGAUUACUAAAUUUCAUUAUAAGAGAGCAGCCACCUUUGAAAGUGGCAUUAGUUUUUCAGAUGUUAUUGUAUUUUUUGUGACGUACGGAGAAGUUUCAUCACCAGUUUGUCCUCUUUGGAUAACUUAUGGGAGCAAAAACUUACCAUAUUUGAAAUUUUUGAAUGGCAGCACUUUUUUUAGCCUCAAACUAUCCUAAAAGUUGCUUUAUAUGCUUGAAUUUCGUUUUUAAGCUUGCAAGCGUAAUGUAUCUGUCACGAUUUUUACGCACAGUUACGUUUUCCUUCUUUCAGAGCAAGAGACAUCGCUCCGACCAGUAUCAGAGCCUUGUAUGGUAUAAGCGACACUAGAAAUGCUACUCACGGCUCAGGUAAGAAAACUUUUUACUUUAGUUUACGGUUGGCAAAAAAAAAAAAACUUGGCGCAACCUUGUUAUCCGAUCCGAAUUAAGACCAAAACCAGUCGAAUGCUCUAGGGCUCAGACUUUUCGUCGUUGUUGGAGAUCUGGUCGGUUAAUAGGAAUGUUUGCUCGUACCAGUGACGUAUCGUGUGUGAUUGGUCGAAACAAUUAGAGCGAUUUUCGUAUGACCUUGAAAUGAUAACGCGCGAACAAAAAAGAAACAACAAACAAACGGAAAUAGAGCGAUUUGAUUGGUUUAUCGAACGGAUACAAACGCCGGGUGAAAAAAGUUCAUUCCCGAGAACUUUCUAGAAAUCAAUCGAUACUUCACUUUGACGUCAUACUGCAACACGAUUGGCCAAUCGAACAAUGCCUUCUCCAUAUUAGGGUUUUCUUGGAGGGAAAACGAAGAGUCCGUGUUUUGAUCUUUUCAUUCAUUAGCUGAUAAAACAAGUAACGAACACUUACGGAAACCAUUUUUCAAGGUCAUACGAAAAUUGCUCUCAGGUACAGUAAAACGGGCUCCAAAAACGUGCAUCUUGUUUUUUGACAUCGUUGAAAGCGAGUGGAAUAGCGAUGCUGCGCGUUUGCUACCCACGAAUCAAACCCGUGUCUUGCUACAAAUCAGGUCCUUGCAGGUUGCGAAAAUUUGCUGCAGAAAUUAGAGAGUGGUUCUACUUUUUGCUACGGAUUGCAGUUGUACCAAGAGACUAUAAAGGGGACAGAGAGGGCAUCCCCCAUAUACACCCUAUUCCAUAGGUAAUUCGUCUCGAGUUAUUUUUAGAAUCGGGAUAAAGUUACCUCGCGCGAGGCGUGGAUGUUUCGUGGAGGUUUCGCAUGACCAAACGCCGUGCAAAACAUGUCGGGCGAGAGGCAAUGAAAGCGUAAAAAGAUCGAGAGCAUUCCUGAAUAUUGAAGCGAAAUGAGUCGGCGCUCACCUGGGAAAAAGGAAUCGCUGGACUCUUUGACAACCCGUGAAAUCAGUUUAACUCGAAGUUGUCGUAACCUCAGUGCUUUAAUAAAAUGAGAAAUUUCGCCGGUCUAUUGAAACCGGUCGUUUGUACAAUUUAGGGAGUUUAAGAUCCAACGACGCGGACGACAACUAGAACGUCAAAAAAACAAUAGGUUUAAUUAGCAAAACAACAACUUCGCACGUGCAACACACUUUUUUGUUCAUUUCUUUCCCGUUUUUGCACGACUACGACGUGAAAAUGCCUAAUUUCGCGUUUUAUGGAGGACGUAAAUAAGCAACGACGAAAUUUUAUUUCUCUUUCUGAGCUUGAAUAUGGUCCCUUGAAAUUCAGCUUUAGGAGGGUUCGCCUACAAUUGACAAAGUAAGUGGGUAGGAAUAAUCGCUAUAAAGACUGAAAAAAAUAAACAUCAAACCAGAAAUUGCUCUCUUCAAACUGUAAAUUAUAAAUGAUCCUGAGAGAAUAUUCAGUGUGUUAAGGAUUUCCCUGCUCUACUGUUAGCUCUAUACAAGAGAGGAAGGGCGAUUCUUUUUUAAUUUCGGUUUCGCUGACACAGCUUUCGCAGAAAUCUCGCUGUAGUCGUUUUCGUCGACAAAAGGAAUAGCAAAAUCGCUCUCCGCGUCUUCCCCCAUUUUGUUCUGCGUCAUUUCGUGAAGGACGCGUGGCUCUCAGCGUGGGUCAUCCACGCGGAACACAUGCGCGCUAUGUGAUUGGCUGUUGUCUAAUCCCCCUUGAGAUCUGUGGUGUUAAAAAUAACUCGAGACGAAUUACCUAUGGAAUAGGGUGUAUAUGGGGGAUGCCCUCUCUGUCCCCUUUAUAGUCUCUUGGUUGUACUUUUUGAAAACUUGUUAGCUUAACAAGGCGGAUUUCAAAGCUCAUGUUUGUUGUUUGUAACAUUUGAUAUAACGCUUCCGAGACAUACAUGUACUUGUUUGAAACGAGGCUCUGAUAUUGUCAUUCACAAAUAAUUUCGAAUAGCUAAAAAGGACGCCUAAUUGGCACUAUUAACAAAAUGAACUAGACAGCCUUGACAGACAACUCUUUUAAAAUUUAACUUUUGUUUUGUUGUUGUUACCGUUUGCAACAAUUCGUAGCCUGCGUGGCAGGCGUCGAAAGGGAUAGGGGAGGAGGUGGAGGGGAGGGGUUUCUUUCCUUCCCCUCUCCUCCCCUCCCGUCCUAUUUUUUUUGCCUACCUCGCAGUCUAAACAAUUUGUCGCCAAAUAACACACCAGUCACCUGAAUACACUGAUUUCAGGCGCGGCUAAUAAUUUCGAUCUUUUUUGCAGAUUCAGAUGAGUCCGCGCAAAAGGAGAUCGGCUUCUUUUUUCCUGACUUCUGCAGCAACCACUGGGGUGAAAACCUUGAACUGUUAUAUCGCGAAAAAAGACAUGAACUUGUCUGGGACGACAAUCAAGGUAUUCACUAUCUUGUUAGAAAUGACAAAUGUUCUCCCGUCGUAGGUACUAAAUGAUGAAAACGUUUGAAAAGUUUGAGAAAGAAAAUGGAAAAUGUGCUAUUCUAAUAGUCUGAAAAUAUUGGGGUUUUUUAAAUAUCCUGUUAUUGUGUAUCUAAUGGCGCAAUGCGGAUACGAUUUAAUGAUCGUUUAUUUUGACUGUACAUAUAAUGUUAUAUAUUUGGCCUUUUUUCAAUAAAGGACGAACUCUGGUCUAACCUAUUGUUGUUCUCAAUUUUUUUAAAAGUAGAAAUAAGGUUUGCUUUCGCCGAUACUUUAGCUUGCCAAUCUUAAAAUCUCUAAUUAUCUUUUCAGCACCCGUGUUGAGAAUUCCGCGUUCAGACGUGUUUGAACUGAGUACUUUUGUUUUACUGUGCCGUUUCGGAAACAUCUAAACACCAAGCAGGGGUACUGUAGAUCGUAGCCUGUGUCCAGGGGGAUAUGGUAGGGUAAGGUAGAAUCCUAGGGCUUUAUACUUGAGGAGAGUUGAAGAGGUCGUGCCAAUUAGCGUUUUUCUUCAUUACGCCACAAUUUUCGACGUCCUACGUCUCUCAUGGAUGCAGUGCAGCCCGGGAAAGCACUUCCUCUAAAUGGAUCUUGCAGUUAUACCGUAAAAUUCCGAAAAUAAGCCCCUCCAAAUAUAAGCCCCUCAAACCGGCAACGCAAAAAACCCUCCGUUAAAUCUCCCCUUCAAAUAUAAGCCCUCUGGGCUUGUACUUGGAAAAUUGUUCUCAAAUACAAAGUAAAACAGAGCAAAAAUGGUAAAUUUAUUCUCAGCUAUAAGGCAAGCCCAAUCGACUUUGAAACGCAAAUUUCCCUCCGCCCCUCAAAAGACGAUAAGUAAACUCUGAUAAGUGGGGGACGGAGUUAACCAGAGUUUAAUUUCGUUUGCGCGCAGGCUACUCAAAAAGUGCCUUUGAAAAAUAUAAGCCCCGGGGCUAAUUUGCGGAAUUUUACGAUAUAUCUACAUAUAUACAGCGGCGUGAGUGCCUGCGUUUUGUCGAAAUGCUACCCUUAUUAUUUCACGUACACUCCCACUGGCACAUGUUACCUUACCACCACCGCGCGCUCUCAGUCAACCUGGCCGGUCCAUUUGUUUAAACCAUAGAAAACACUGUCCACCGGAUAAAUGUUAUGAGAACCAAGUGCGCUAUCCAGUGGAUAAAUAUGUAUCCGGUGGAUAGCGUUAUCCACCUUUGGACAAUGAACAACUAAGGUCAGAGCGAAAGGGGGGUGGAGCGAGAAGGGACGGCCAUUACACGCUGGAUACGAGGUUACACCGUCAUGCGUAGUCGGUGUGUUUUUCUUUGCGCGAAAUUGCAUUUAAAACGAUAUAAUGCGCAAACAUAUAAUGUCAGGUGUCAGAAGAUAUCAAUAGAGCACGAUAUUAAUUUUUUAAAAAAUACUUCCGUUCAUAACACGCAGUUUACACAGUCUUGUUUUUCUUGCCCACGUGAACAAAAUAGCUGUGUAGUCUGUAAAUAGGAUAACUACUGGAUUACCCGGCGUCUGAUAAAGUGAUGAAGAUGAAUUCUAACCUGGUCGGUAUCAAUGACAACAUGACACGACUACUUUGAGACAAACGAUUAUAAACGAGCCCUACCAGACGCGCAUUGACAUUUUUACAUUGAUGGCGUGUUUGAGCUUUUUCUUGAAAGAUUCUUAAAUUCAUGUGUCAACCCAUAUUCUGUGAGCUUUAUGGGUAUUUAAAUGCCGAAAAACAGAUAUACUUUUUCAAUCGUGAAUGAUUAGACCUGAAAUUAAGGUGGCUACAGAGCCAUACCAAAAUACUUGCCUGGGUACACCCUCUCCCCCACCCCUCCCUGCCUAAUGUUUGCGCUCCUUUAAAAUUCCCAGACUGUGUGGUAAAAGUGGCAUUUCCGGCUUGCCGUCAUUUUGGCUACUCAACACUCCAUAUCAAUACUGCUCAUUUUUUUUUCCUGUUUGUCACUUAACAACACUCGGAGGAACAAUUUGUUUUGACGCCUAUUUUACGUAUGCACGUGGGUGGGUAGUUUGGUUUGUGACUGCAUCAUAGCAUCCUAUUUUGAGUUGAGGGACUUUUUACCUCAAUAUAUUCUAUUUUGGGAAUGCCUUUCGUUAAAAAUAAUAUAUCUCUCGUGAUUUCUUGAAGAGAAAUAUUAUUUUGAAUGUUUGUUUGCAAAUAAUUGCGCCAUGCACAAAGAAAAGGAUAGAUAUUUUUCAAUCUGUCCAUUUUGAAGUUCUUGUGAUAAUCUAGCGGCUGUACUGCUCGAAAUGUAGAUAGGAUUAGCCUUUGAGAAGCACUGAAAACUUGAACAGGGCUCUCUUGUAAUGUUUUUUUUUUCUGUUUUCGUCUAAUGGCUUCCGUAAAGCCGUAUCCGGGUCAUUGAAAGUACACGCCUAUCAAUACGUGAAGAAAGAAUUAACUUAAGGAGCAACUAGCCUAGAUGCACUAAUCGUGUAUGUGAAGAUAAAGUAAAACUUUUACAAUUUAAUUUUUUUCUGGACAACUUUUCUUUUAAUUGCUCGUUGUUUAGAACUGUACCUGAAGUCAUAAAGCAAAAUGAACGAGCGGAAUUAAGUGUUUUAUUCAUCAAUAACUGUCACUGCCAGGGUUGGGGAAUAAUCAGUAGUUAAGUGUAUUACUUUGUCAGAUGUAGGCGAACUCUCCUAGAGUCGAGUUUCUAGAGACCAUAUCCAAGUUCACAAAGAGAAAUAAAAUUCCAUCGUCGCUUGUUUACGUCCUCCUUAUAACGUAAAAGUUGGCAUUUUCACGUCGUAGUCGUGCAAAACGGCAAAGAAAUGUACAAAUAAGUGUGAUGCACGUGAAAAUUUGUUGUUGUUUUUCCCUACCAAACCUAUUGGAUCCUUUUUUUUUUUUUUUUUUUUUGCUUUUUUGACGUAAUCUUUGCCGUCGCGUCGUGGGAAUAUAAAGUCCUUGUUGAAAAUUACACGUCAGUACCAUAAUUUAUAUCUCGAUUAUAGCAAAAAUAGUGACUUAGUUGAAAAGAGUGUAAUUUAAUAAAUUAGCCCUCAUGUUUUAAAGUAAGUUCGUCGCCUGUUACAGAAUUAGAAAAUUUCACAAUAUCUUCGAUAUUGUAAGUGCCUUGUAUAUUUGUAGCAACAUAAGUGACAAAGAUUAAUUUUGUAUAAACGAAAAAUAACUCAACGGAGUUACGAGCACGUGCUAUUGAUAAUCUAUAGCUUAAGUUUAAUAAUGUCUACUUGAAGAAGUCGACGUGAAAUGCCUAAGUUGUUUUUUGCCAUUUUUUGCAAUCACAAAAGGUCAGGUCGGCCAGCCUUAAACAAGAAACGGCAAACUGAUCCUUACGGCAAAGCGAUUAAGAAGUAAACAAAAGAAUAAACGCCCCCGUUGGUAAGUUAUUCUUGACUAGCGUGACUGUAGCAAAUUCAGUUUUCUGUAUUGUCAUUCACUAAGGCGAAACCUGCGAAGGUUAUUUGCGUUGAAUUAUGAAAAGAGGUUAGGGUGAAUGCACGUGACUUUGGCGCCAUAUAGAAUAUACAGACAAGACCGACUGUUUCUUUUUAACCUUUUUACAUAACUGGUUCUUUCCAGGGUCAUGUUUCUGAGAAACAAAACUAGGUUUAUGAUGUCCUCAAAAAUAUUGGCACGCUUGCUUGCUUCCUAUUGACAAAUUAAACUUUCGCGAUAUCAAGCGACGCUACACCUAAAUAAUAGCAUUAACAAAGUUUACACAAGUAUGCUGGUAAAUUGAUUUAUCGACCACUUUUCACCAAAAUACUGAUAUUAAUCUUCUCAUGCCCACUUGCGUACUUAUCGGUAAAAGGAGAGAAAUAACUCCUGCGAAACGUUUUAUCUUAGAAAUGAGUCGUAGGCGUUUAAUGGUAAUCUUACACAAGACGAUUCGCAACGACGAUUUUUAGCGCAACACAACGUUGCAAUGCUGGAACAAUGUUGUAACCAUUCGAAACAAUGUCGCAACAAUGUUGCAACGCUGUGUUGCGCUAAAAAUCGUCGUUGCAAAUUGUCUCUUGUGGCAUCACCUUAAGGCAUACAAGAGUUGGAUAAAUUGUUCGCGUGACGUCCUGACGAUUAAAACGCCGCGUUGUGAUGCCUUUUUCCUGAUCUUACUUUGUGAAAAAUCUACUCAGUUUAGCAUGCCCGAAAAUAGCAGCUGAGGCUUAUGUAGGCGGCGGAACAUGCUUUCAGAGCGAACAUGCUUUAUAGUGACGUUCGAAGACAUCAUUAACUUUAAUGACAGACCCAUUAUUUCAUGUAAUAUCUUACUGUGGGGCACAAUCGAUAAGCGUUCUUUAACAAGAAACAAGUUAAUGGGGUUGAAUGGAACGAAACAAAAAAGCUAACUGUCGAUUUUCACUUGUGACGUACUUGCUGACGUCAACGAUACUCUUUUCUCGUGAGCACGUGGACCACAGACCCUUUGCUACCCUUUUCACGCGGCUUCAAUUUUAAGUCCAAGGAAAAUAAAAAGGCUUUAUAGACGCGCGAUAAAGGUGAAGAAGUAUUUCACCCAUUGACUGGUUCUAAAGUGACGACUUACAGUGAUAGUCCAAGUUUUCUUUCGUUCCUAGUGCAAAUAUACAACUCCCUUUACAACUGUUUGGUUUCGGGCGAAGCACACAAAGGGCAAGUUAGCUUAUUUAGUAUUUUUCUUUCUCAAUUCGUUCGCUUGUCCUCCUUUUUCUUCUAGAAUUUGUCUUACGAUUAUCAGUCUGUAUAUAAAAAAAAACAUGUAAGUAACAUUCGGGCCGCACCAGCUGUCGAUAAAAGGAUUUUCUAGUGGGAUUGUUCCGGAACGUAACCAGUCCUUAGACGUGAUAAGAAAAUAAUUUCGAAAGGAAAUUCAGUAGCCCUUAUCUUAUCUCCCUCUCUUUACUAAAGCUACGGUAAAACGAGCUACAAAAACGUGCAACUUGUUUCGAAACAUAGCUUAAAACGAGUUGAAAAGCGAAGUUGCACGUUUUACCACCCACGGUCAAACCUGUCUUGCAACCAAUAAAGGCAAGUUUCGUGAAUACUGACUCCUGAUUGGAUAAAAUUACGCGGGAGUCACGCCAUGCACGGGAGUUAAGUCACUUGCUGCAAAUCAAGUUUGCCUUGUGUCUUUCCCGUAAACGCGCAGUAUGUACAGAUUUUGUGGCAAAACGUAGAACCACUCUCUAGGUUCUGCAACAACUUUUUGUAACCUAAAACAACCUGAUUUGUUGCAAGACAGGUUUGAUUCGGGGGUGGUAAAACGCGCAAAAUCGCUAUUCAAGUCGUUUGGCAGCAAUGUUGCGAAACAUUCCAAGUGGUAAUUCUGCCAAGAGGUCGUUUGGCUUAACAUGGCGGGUAUUCAUAAAACAAGGGAUUCUAAAGUGAACCGAGUUGAAUUGUUUUGUUAGUACGUAGUUUAGGCUUCUUUCAACAGUUCAGGCCCUGCCUCUUCAGGCAACCUAUUGAAGGACUAAGCACCUGGAAAACCGCAUCUUCCCUGCGACAAGUACCCAUAUAGUCCCGAGGGGAGGUACUCCGGAUUUCAAGUGACAGGAAUGAUCGAAUUGGGCCAAAAUCAAAACCCCCAAAAAAUCCCUGCACCAAAAAUUAACCCCUCAAAAAUCCCAUACAGAAUUUCUGAGCCGUAAAAAUCUCCAGAAGGGAAAACAAGUUUUGUUGUACUUUAAUCGCAGAACUACGCGGCCGGAUGCGCAGGCACUAUUAGGAAUCUUCAGAUUGUUCUAAAUAGCCAAAAGUCCCUACUUAAAUCAAGCCACCCCCCAAAAAAAUACUUGCCAAAUUUUACUACCUUCCUUCCUUCGAUCAUCCCUGUCACUUGGAAUCUGGAGUAUCGCCCCCUACCCCACGGGAAUAUAGUACACAUACAGGAUUGUUUACCUCCCUUCCCUUCACCCCUUCUCUCUUAGACUACAACUGUCAGAUUUCAUGUCGCUUUUGCUUUCUUUUGCGCUAGAUGUAAGAGAAUGCAUUCCUAAUCUGUUGGCUUUUUUGGGAGUUCCUGAGCGUGCGUCCAAGCUUGGACAAGAAAAUUUGAGAUUUCUUGGACCGCCUUUUGGCAAUCCCUCUCUCUCUCUCUCUCUUUUUUCAGCGCCUCAGUUACAUUUUAGCAGACUUGUCCCAGAACAGUCACGUUUCUGCUCACAAGUACGAUCUGGUCCUCAUUUUGUCUCACCAUUAUAAACAAUUUUCUCACGUACCAUGUGCUUCUAGCGGAAAUGACUUUCACAAGAGUUUCUAUUGUUUUUAUGUGAACGGCAUAAUAUUUUUACCGCACACGUCCAACGAAUUUUUGAUAUGCGAUUACUCUUGAACAAAAAAAACCGAAAAGCUGAAGUGUUUUGGAAGCUGUGGUCAAAUUACGUCGACAACGUGGAAAAUGCGUUUUGUCAGGCUGUCUAAACAUAUUACAGUUGCAUUCUUACCUAAUUUAGGAAAACACAAGGACGGUUGCAUAUUUGCGCUGGUGAGGAAUACGAACAUGCACUCGUCAAACGAAAGAUCUGGAGCGAGGGUCAAUGAAGAUCUUCUUUGACGUGUGAGGCUUGCGUGCUUCGCGCGUGAAUUUCACGCUGGCCCCUCGCGCCUUGCAAAGAGCGAGGUUGAGGAAACCCUGACUUUUUUGCUGUCUAUUGCAACAAAUGAAGGGUUCAAAAGAAGUUUGAAGGGUAAAAAAGUAGGAUUAAGAUGCUGAUAAUUGAAUGCAUAUUCCGCGUAAUGAAUAAUAUUCCUUAUAUUUCCUCAAUUGAAGUCUGGGCUUUGCAUGAGCAAUUCCUUGCCAGAGAAGUUCAUCUCGUGGUCAUAAACAGCUCAUAGAUUUUGACAAAAUGUAGAGAGGAACUUCCCUGCAACCAGAAUUUCUCUGGCUGCAGCAUAUUUACUCGAUACUUAGGCUCAAAAAGAAAAACGCCCAGACGCGAGGCGAAAUGCCUAUCGGUUUAUAAUUUGAAUAUUUGGUUAUAUUCUGUGAAUGAUCUCGCAAAAUAUGGAUUCCAGUUUUGGGUAUAUAUAUUAUUCCAAUAAUAUGUUCAAUUAUGCCAGUGAACCCAUGAAAGGAUAUGUAUUUGUCUCCUUUUAAUUGGAGAACAAAAGUAAGAAAAGAUUUGAUCUUCUAAAAUUCAUUCGAAAUAAAAUUAUGUCAGGUUUAUCUUGGGAGUACAGUAUCCUUGUAACGAAACUCCGUUUCCAUGAGUGAUACAUUAAUUAUUUUGGAACUUACAAGUGAAUUUUGAUUAAUAGUAAAACUGCAAAAUGAGGUUUAAAGAUAGCCUCCCACGCAGACGUUCUUAGGGGUUCGUCACGCGUCCCUGCCCUGCCAUCUGCGCGGGAGGCUAGUUUGAAGCUUUUAUUAGCUUCCACGUCUGAGAGGAGUCGGGCCAUUCAAAGGUCAAAGGAGGUUUCAUUUUAAACCGUGCAAUAUAAAGUCGAUAUUUGCUUCACUAUUCCCACUCUUUUGAUUCUCAUGGUUACCGAGGAGAUGUAUUUAGUAAGAGUACUUUUUUGUAUUUGGUGGUCUUUCCAUGAGGCCCAUGAUAUUUUAAGGUGCUAUUGGAUUCUUAACACCGUUUGGGCAUUAAGUGUAGUAACUAUUCUUUCCCGAACAAUGAUGAACAUACCACAUUCCAGUCAUUUGUAAGUCAAUCUCACUUUGUCAGAAAAAAAAUAUAUUUUAAGAGCCGCAUAAUUUUUUCAGUGAUUUUGCAGAGCAAAUUAAAAAGCUGGGAUAGUUCUCUCCCCCCCCCCCCCCCCCCCCCCCCCCCCCACCCCCACCCCCCACCCCCUCACCCCCUCAAGCCUAACACUAAACAACCACUCACCACUCAAAUCACAACAAGCAAAAAAACAAAGAAAACAAAUAACAAUUCCCCCCCCCCCCCCCCCCCCUCCCCUCCCCCCAAAAAUUGCAUUAUAUCAUCUGAUAAGGAAAAAGUAAUAUUUAAAAAACUCUCAUCCUCUUGGAGACAAGAUGGUGCAAAGUAGAAGAGACGUGACAGUGACAACGCCCGCAGGGAAAAGUGGCGAUUUAUUUUUCAGUUUAGACGUUUUCGUAUCCUUUUAACAUCGGGGUUUUCGCCGUGUUCAUUUGAGCCAGGAUAAAUUAUCCCUUUGUCUUUUUCUUUCCUUUCAGUUUAUGAUCGAUUAUGAUGUAGCGCUGUAGGUUUUAAGUGGUUUUCAAUAUUGUUUUUUAAGUUUUAAUUCUCUUUCUUCUUUACAUUUGCCCAGCUGUGCGUUCUAUUUUGUGAAACGCGAGAUUAUUUACAUGUAUCGCUGAAAAAACACUAUCCAGUUUAAAAAGGAACAUUGAGGAACGAACAAAGUAUAAAUAUUUGAUUGUAAAAAAUAAAAAGCCGUAGAAGAAGCAUUUAAAUAAAUGACCAAUUUUAUUCUUUAGUUUACUGUUUCAUACAAAAAAAGAGUGAUUCCGGCUGUGCCAUGUUCAGUACAACACUUACUAUCAGCGUCAAGAGCUUCAACUAGUCGGCCAAGUUGCUGGUGUUUUGUUAAAGAAGACAUGUGUUAUAUAGUCUGUAAGCUUAAACGUUUUAGUUUGAUCAUCAAAAUGAAAGCUUCGCAUGCAUGGAUGUGUAUUUCUUUCAGUAUUUUUGUCGAAAUUUGGCCCUUUUAGGGUUUUAUGGGAGUCGCUAAAACAUUACGUGACCCAUAAUAAGACAACUGACUCCACAUUUGUUUACAUAUGUUGUCAGAGCCCUUGAUUUUAGUUGGCGUUUCAGUGAAAUUGGCUGGCUUUCUUUUUCCUUUAACAAAGUCAAGCUGUAAUACUUGCGAUACAAUGCUCAGUUCAUAUUCUCUUAAACGUUCCACUCUCUCUGUUGAGAGUAAUCUACAUUUUCCUCUUUUUUACUUCUGAUAUCAUUGGGGUACUAAGAUAGUUUUCAUAUUGGUCGUCUAUAAACAGAGAUGCAAUUAAGUGAGCAAAGUGAUUCUCUGCAAAAUGAAUUUUAAAAUGUACAUUUUGACUUGUCACUCUCUCAUCUAGUGAGACAAAUCUUGGGUUGUGUUUUCCUUGUAACCUCUUGUAAUUGCGGAAGGAAACCCCCAAGACUCGAGACUGGUACAUGCAAGUUGAGGAGACAGUCUGAACUUAAACCCAUCUGUCAAAACUUGGAAAUGCACGUUUUCAUGUAAUUGGCCUUUUUGCCACUCUAAUUUCCAUUAAUGAAUGAAACUGAAUUCGUUGGCAAAAGCUAAAAGGCGUCGCGUUUUUCUUCCCGAUAGCCAGCUGCCUCGCUUUACUUAAAAAUUUAAUGUUUAUUAAAAACGUCUUUUUCUUACAGUGUUUUCAUUGUGUCCAAGUAACACAUUGUUCCUUUAAAAUGCUCUAUUGCUUUUUACCAGCCAUUUGCGAAUAAAACCCUUUCUUUUAAAUAAGUCUUUCGAAUUAAGUGAGCUCGGUUAUUUUUUGUAUUUCCUAAUUUACGUUUUAAGGGAAUUUUUUUGAAGAACAUAAUUUUCCAAUAUUGGUCUUAACACUCGCUCAUUCUUAAAGCGCGGAUGUUUGAAAAGUCUUGCUGUUUCCACAGAAACAGUUUUUUGUUUCUGCUGGGAAAACGAUUGUUUUCGAAGUCAGUACGGUGAGACCAGAACAAUAAAAGAUGGUACUGAGAAGUAAAGCAUGUAGCUAGCCGGAGAACACUGCCCAAGUAUGUUCGUACGGCGUAAACUCGAGUUUAGUUGAAACGGUUCUCUUUAUUUAUCUUAUGUAAAAUUAACUGAUGUUAAAACGAACGAAGAGAGGUCAGUUUUAAACGAAACAAGUAUCCAUGUCCCGUGCUACAUAAUACCUGCUAUCUUACCAGAAAUAUUACAGAGAAACGAUAGUAGAGUUAAUCUCAUCUACCUGUGCCAAAUGUGACCGCAGUCCAUAUCAUUUGAAAGCCCUGUGAGGAUUUAUCGACUCGCAUCUACAGCAGUAUGUAGGGAAUUUGCCCGUGUAUCAAAAUCCAAAGUUCUUUAGUUUUAGCAAAGAAAAAGAAUAUUUUGUCUGGUGGCGUUUAGGCUGCUUGUAGUUGAAUUGUUUUUCGGUAGGUUUAAGUAUUUUCUUUGUUCUUUUGUCUCCAAAACUGAGCCAGCUAUCGCAUACCAGAAUGCAACACUGGCCUUUCUUCUUAAAAUGUUUUUGGCCCACGGCGAUACAAGAUUCUCAAACUAUGCCUGAAUGGAAUAUCCAGUAUUAGACCGUGAUAAUUCUCGCGUUUUGGCAAAAUAUUUUCCCCAAACUCAACGCUUUAGAAUGAUUAGUAUUUUAAACGAUAAAUAAACAAACCAGUCGUUCAUUUUACUCUUUCUUCAGCUGUCCGACAGGUUGUGUUUCUAAACGCUGGAAAAUGCGCGAAAAAAAAAACGUUCUACUGAUUCUACCACAAAAAAUAUAGAACCCUUGAUCAAGCAACGAUUAAACUGACAAAGUUAAAUUUUUAAAAGUAAAAGAUAAGUCCGUGUUUGACGCUAGGCUUUUAAAAUCUGAUUCGUCGCAGUUCUUCUCUCAGGGUCAAAAAUGAAGUUGGCAAUUUUGGAUGACAUUUUUCCUCGUUGGAUGAAGCCCUUAAGUGUUGCUAUUGAAACUAAAGCGACCGGGCACUAUUUUAAUUUGAGGCUCUUGAAUAUUCACCUCAAAAUGAUUUUUCAGCAUUUGGUGGUCUUGUCUUUCACCCGGAUGUUGAUGGUGUUUCCGUUUUAUUAAACCCCCCAAAACAAUAUUGUCGAGUGCAGUAUGUAAUAAUGGUCUUUACUGACAAGAUCUUCCCGUUUUAUAUGGUUAUUUUUACCGGAAAGCACGCGAAUCAUGCAGCUCUCUAAGAAGUUCGAAAAAGACAAUCCAAUCAAAGUGGACCUUAAGGCCCUGUCAAAUUAAAACUGAAAAAUUUGCAUCCAUAAUUGCUGGCUAUCUUAAGUUUCUUUAUCUUUAGAGAGAAAAUAGUUUCCUACCAUCAUGGUGGUGAUGAGAUAUUGGCGCUUGAUAACGACUGAAUUUUGUUGGAUCUGCGACGAUCGGUGAUAAAUUUGAACUGGAAUGUAUUACAGGGCUUUGUCGCACUGACAAGUUUGAAGAUUGCGAGCGAGCGGGGACCUGUGACAGUCAUGAACGAAGCACUUGAGGAUUAAAAGACAUAAUAACCCAAAAACAAAACACCAAAAAAAAACAACAACAAGAGCUUAGUUCAAGAAUUCGAGUUUUUAUUUCCACAGAUAGCAAAAGUCAAAGCUGGCACGACCGAGCCACAAAAUUGGAAACAAAUGACAAGUCGAGUGUGGUUCCCUGUUCCUUUAGGUUACCGGCGGAGAAGUCCGUCACUCCGUCCAAUCGACAGUUUGGAUUUCUAUUUACACAGCGUUCGAUAAAACAAUGAGCACAUCUACAUAAUUUCAGACCUGUUAAAUUUCGCGAAACUCCGCGGUCUUAAUCCACGCAUCGGUUCGAGCUGAGAAAGGAAGGUCCGCGACUCGCGCGCCCAGUGAAGUUUGACAUGUCAAAAUAGAAAGUACCCUGUGUGGUACGGGUAGCAUUACACGAUUUUGUCAGUGUGUCAGGUCUCUCACUGUUCGGCCGGCCAGUGAUAUAUUAUUCAUUAAAAUGUACAAAGGGGUCCCCGGAACAAUGAGAAAACACAAAGUCUACAUGCGAUAUAAAUUUCAAAUUGCUUCGGAGUUAGCAUGACAAUGAAGCAACCUCUUGUAAACAUUUUUUGCCUUGUUUACGAAAUUCGUCCAUGUUCAGAGCAACUUCGACCAAUAAAUUUAUGCUACUGAAAGCGUCCAGUGUUGGCGUCGGUGAUGAAUUCUCAUUAGGAGACGGUAUUUCGGAGACACACUCGUGUUGCUGUCCGUGAGCGAGUGAGUGGGGGCUCUUACAACCCACGUAAUUAUCAAACUGUCCCUUGUAAUCACAUACAGGAAAAUACGGCUCUGAAUCAUGCUGUGAAAAGUCUUGUUCGAAUUGUCGCUCAGGGCUGGGAGAUAGACUCCGCUGAUAAAAACUGCUCGGAGACGAUGAAGCACUCUUUACAUUCGCCCUUCGCGUGAUUGUGUAAUUGCUGGGGUCUCUGCCUUCUCGACGAAUCAUCUCGGGUAGUAUUCGCCUUCUGGCAUUUAUAAACCAGUUGCAAACUUGAAGCACAGAGAGGUUAGCGGCUUUCGAAAGAUACUGCUUUUCAGCUUCGGAGGGAUAAGCAUUAAACCUGUGUUCCCAGAGCCACAUUCGUAGAACAUUGACCGAAUCUUUCGGUAAAUUGCCUCUUCUUCUCUUGGGCGGUGGGCUAUUGGCGUUUGUGACACGUGAUGCGCGAAGCACCCUCUCGCCUUCCGCUCUGAAAAUUUCCACGUUUUCGUCCACUGCGAGAGACAAAAAAUAACAAUAACUGUUAAAAAGCAAUUUAGGAAUAAAAAAUAACCAUUUAAUUCCUUUGUUGGGACGUAGCGGCGACGAAGUGGCACACGAUAAUUCUGGUGCCCUUUGCUCAUCAAGACAUGUAUUGAUCUUAUGAACUAUCACAACUGUCAUCGGUCCGCGAGCGAACACAGUGAAAUCACGAGACAUAACUUGUCUGGAACCCGACAUUCUUUGAAGCCGCAGAAUCCUGGAAUCCUAGUUUUAACAAGAUGUGGGCCUUAGAAAUUAAAAAAAAUUAAUGUCCUACGAGAGAAUUUUUCCCCGGACGACGAAUUUGCCACUGUCAAAAGCACAACUCAUUCAUUCAGAAUUUCAGAGGCGUUGCGCAUUUGGACGGCUUACUGCAAAAUGACAUUCAUUUGUUUCAACCGGCUUUCUGUAACUUACAGUAUCGCUUGUUCCUCGCCCCCUUGACGGUGUGGGGAGCCAUCUCUCUUGUCGGAACGUACUCCCCGAGGCUGUCUUGGUGUUUCUCUCAGAAAGGAUAGAGCUUAGAAUUAGAAGCAGAGCAGUGUUUGCGAAACCUGUAACAGCCCAGAGACUUUGACACUAAUGACAGAUGAAAGCGUGUGUGCAGUCUUGCGUUGCUGUGUGUUUGUGUAAUUUACAAUAUAAUAACGACACGCGAUUGGCUUAUUGUGACAAUCUAUUUAAAUUGCGCUCGCAUUUCAUUGGCUUCUGCGAACAACUGGGAAAAUUUUCCACGUGGAUUCGAGAUAUACGGCGAUUGUAUUUACUUCAGGUUUCAGAUCUUAACGCCAAUUUUGACUGCCCUUUCGCAAGUCUAUUAUCCAAGUUUUCUUUCAUUUUGCUAAAGCAAACAUUUGAGGUGCCGAAGCUGAGAGAAAAUGAAAUUUUUUUUACAAAUGAGAUUAUAUUUUGCCUGCGGUCUUUGAUAUGAUCCCGACGCGUUCGCUUUCCAAUGUAUUUGGAGAUAUUGGUAGAGAUAGAUAUUCUGUUUAUGAAAAUUAAGCGACUGUGAUGAGUUAUUAUAUUUCAACUUAAACCACAUUAAGAACAACAGGAAUAAAUUGUUAGCGCGUUGGUUAAAGAGCUAUGCGAGGUGGUGUGGCACGCGCGGAUGUUUGACGCUUCGGUCGAAAAUUAUCGGUUUCUUCUUUCGGAUAAGUUGAUCGCUUUAUUUUGCGGCUGAAAUUGCGAAAGUAUCCUAAUUCUUUCAGCGUUACCAGAGCUACAAAGUUUAGUCCAAUGCACGUAUUGUUCGUCUUGAAAGCUGCAUUUACAAUGCUUGAAUAUUGUUUUAUGAACAAUACGAGCCAGUCAUCUUUGUAUCUCGGAUGGGAUGAGAAUCUCCGAGCUGUCAAACGCUGCGUAAACAAAAGCUUGUCAAAUUAACCAAAGCAGAAAUACGCUCUGAUCUCUUUAAAAUCGUCUCCUGUCGUGAUUGCAGCCACAUUGGUAGUUUUGUUAAUCGCGCUAUUUUAGAUGCCUGUUUAAGAAGGUUUGAAUAUUUGGGUAAAGCAAUUUUCAGUCUGAAGAUGCUAAUAAAUAUCAUGUCCCGCAGGCUAUGUCAUUACGUACGUCACUUGGUGACCGCCCAUGGCCUUCCAACUUGCUAUACGCGCUCACUUGUCUCGUUUAAAAAAUGUAGUAAGCGAAAAUCGUUAACAUAUUUUCGUUCUUUCGCUUUAAAUACAAUAUAGUUGAGGUGCUCUUUAACUCUGUACUGUCACAGGCGCGUUCUUCCGAGUGAUCGAGAGAUGCUCGAACAAUGGCAAUUAAAAUUUUACUCGAAACAAGCGAAAGCAAGCAUUUUGUCGUCUCUUUAUGACCUUUUCUUGUCUAGAGAUUUACUUUUGUUAUGUUAAAUUGAUUUUGGUUUUACAAACCGGCAAAGAGAGGCUCAAGAAAAAGCUAAAGUAAUAUUAAAACGUUUUAAAAUGUUUUAAGUGUUAAUUACUCACCCCAAUGUAAAAGGGAAGUAUUUUGGAACAUUUUGUGACAAGAAGUUUCACCUGUCAUUUCGUGUUUGACAUUUAAACCCGUGCACGGGAGCCAAGAAAGCCCAUGUAAAUUACACCCAUAUCCGAUUGGAAAAUAAUAUUACAAACUACCGGGAUAUAAAAUUUCGACAUGGACUCUAAAAUAAUACUUUGAGAAAGCGAUCGCGUUUUGAGUUGCUACCAGCUUUUAAUAACUUGGAAGCAUUUUGGUACCCGAAAUGUUAAAGACAAAACAAAAAGUGAUAUGGUUCCAAUUUUAUCAGGUGAUUGUCAAACUUGACUUCUAAUAACUCUAAAACUCUGCCGGCAAAAAGCUAAUCACAACAACCAGGAAAGAGUGGCCCAAAAGAGUAGAAAUUAAUUUUUUAAUAUUCUGAUUUCAGUUUGUUAAUUUUGUGGCAGCCGGGGUGUCAGUGAGUUUUGGUUUUAUCCAAGUAUUGUCUUUUCGGUCAGUUGGUUUUAAUCACAAAUUUGCUCAGUUGUGUUUGCACUACACAGGACAAUUUGAACUCCUCUUAUGAAAAAAGCAAUUGGACGGUUGAUGUUAAGCUCGUUCUGUGGGCGUUAGGAGCCGGAACUUGGAGAUAAUCCCAAGUUUUGAUUUUUGCCAAAUUCAGUCCAUGCGGCUUUUGACAUGACAAGCAUAAACGCGCCCACGGUCAUGUUAUUGUACAGCAGUGUUUACUCGAACAUGUGCGCAGAGGCUAUUGCGCAGCAAGGAACAUGGCGGAAAAAUCUCACCGUCCAUGUGAUCUGAAGUUAGAUGUAAGAUCGAUUUCUCCGACAGAAGACAGCUCUGGAAGCUGCGAAAGGUAACUUCUAGUCCUGUUUACAUUGUUCUCUAAUUAUUCACUGAAAUAUAGUUUCCUUAUCGUUUUUCUUUUCGCAGUAUCGGCGAUGCCCCUCCUCAGACUCCUAGCUCGCCCUUGAAAAAUAAACCCGAUAAUGUCAGGGUGUUUCGACGUUCUAACAGAACAAUUUACACUGCAGGUGAGUGUUUUUGACAACAAAGUCCACGAAUCAUUUAUCCACGUGAAGUAAUUCGUAUGUUAUUUCAACUGUGGUCGCAUGUUUGCGUGUAUGUGCUAGCACGUGCGUGCGCGUAUCCUUAUGUGAAUUUGAUAUAUUUGCACUGGAUUGACGCGCCAGGGAUCCCUUUUAGUGCAAUUUUACAUCAAAUCACCUUGUCCAUUUUAGUGAUGAAUUCUUAGUUGAGAGUAUUUGUUUCUGAGAAACAGGACAGGCCAAGUGGAAUUUCCUCUCGUACGGAUUGGGAUCUAUAUUGGGCAAGUUCUAUUUUAAUAAAGUAAAAGGUUCUUUUAAAUUUUAGGGUCUCCUGCAAGCAGAGGCCCUUCGAUCUUCCUAGAUAAGUCGGGACAUAUCUAGGAAGAUCAAAGGGCCUCUGCUCGCAGGGUAGUGACACAUUGGCCUUAAAUCAUCAUUUAUGACCAGACUGGAGCAGUGUUUUCCAAUUUUAUUUAUAAAGUCAUCAAUGUUGCAGACAUUGAAGAUUCAACUAUGAAAUGCUCCUAGCAGGAUUACUGCAAAGCCAAAAUCCACAUUUAUGUGAGGAAAUGUAUUAGAACUCUAUCAAAUUCAGCUUCAAGGACCUGGAGGUACACCCUUCUCCCAUUCUCAGUGUCAUAAUUGAAAUUUAUUCACAUUUCAAAUCCAAUCUCCUUUGGGACUUUACAAAACAGCGCAUUCUUACUGUUUCCUACAAUACUUUUCAAGCUACAGUAAAACUCUGGUGUAAAAAAUUCCUGGUGUAAUCAAUGCCAUUCCUCACCUAGCCUGUAUUACAGACAGUCCACAACACCAGUGUAGUCCGUGUUUGGACAGAUAUCUCUACCAGUUUCCCACUAGCUUUUUUCUUACCUGCUUUGUGAUAGGACAUUAUCUUCUGAAUCUAAAGAUUAUGCAGUGUUGAAAACUAGUCUUUGUACUUUGCUGGAAGUUGUGAAAGGAUGUUUAUCAUUAUAGAAGAACAGCAUUUGUACCUUUUGGGUACAAAUACUUGCUUUCCAUCAUGAUCACCCUAAAAGAGACCAGAACCUCUGCUAAGCAAGAUGAUGAACAUCCUCCAACCUUAUUCCCAGGGUAUUUCCCUUAGAAAAUGAGAGGGGCAGGUAAGCCCGUCCCAUUUUCGCAGGGAAAAGCCCCAGGGAUGAGGUUGAAGAAUCCUCAUCACUCACUUUCAAAUGAGAGACUGCCUCUCUCCCCCCCCCCUGCCCCCAUUAAGUCCUCAUACAUUUUCAAAAUUAAAAAAGAGAGAAAUUUGUCAAUUCAUGGACAGCUAUCAUUUUCAUUCCAUGGCUUAAAUAAAAAAGCUUUAUCCAAGGUUGUACUCUAAGAAAAAUUGAAGGGAGCCCAGGCUCUGAACUUGUGAAAUCCAGUGUGCCCAGCAUAUGAUUUGUAUAAAAAAAGCAAUGAUUUUCUAGUCGCCUAAGAACAAAAGUUAGGUGCCACAGGCCACCGGGCUCUGCUAAAGCCAGGGCUCAAAAUAGCAGCCGGUCAACAGACAAUGUCCAGCCUGAUCGUGGACUUGACUGGUCAAACUCUCAUCUUGCCGGUCAUUUUGACUGGUCAUUUUUGGAAGCAAACCUUUUAAAAUAUUUUCCAUAUAGUUGCUGCUUAAUGCAUUUUGCUCUAUAACACUGUAAUCAUUUUUUUUUCUUUGCCUUUUUUUUUCAUGCUGUGGACUAAAACUUUUAAAGAAAAUGAAUGCCACAUUAAAUUUCAUGUGGUCAUGUAAUGAAACGCGGCAAAACGAAACAACAACAAACUGAGUUGUGGAGUAACGCAAUGAUACUGCAAAUUGUACUGUUCUUUCCGCUUUGCUGUGAUUAGUAAUGUGACCUUCUUUGGGAAAACAUACACGUUAUUUGUUGGGAAACUAAAGGAUAGCUAACAGUUUUUGUCAAUCUAACGUUUCACAUCUACUUGUAAGAGGAUUGUGAAAAUCACCUUUGAUGGAAUUCGGGUUAAUCUAUCGCAAUUCUCCACAUCCUCUACUGUUUCUCCAGGAAUAAAUUUUAGCACAUCAAGUAAUUGUAUAUAAUUUCUUUAUGUCGAACAUGAAUCUCGUUUGUGGACUCAAUUGCAGAAUUGCCUGAUAAAAAUUUUAGCUAAUCGAAAAGGAAUGUCGCCUAUCUCGCCGCUUAAAAUCCUCCUUCUUGUAAACAGCUUUAUGCAAAUUUCUGUAGACGUUUAUAAUGAGCCCUUCACGAUAAAGUGUUGCGCGAUGUACAACCCAACGAAAGCUCUCCUGUAUAUUUGUUGACUUCUGAUGAUAAAUACACUGUUUGUGGAAUGGAUUUCUCGCCAGAAUCAACUUCUUCGCCCAAAAUAUUUAGUGGAGGAGACUUUCAAUCACCUGCCGGGCAACGAAAAAGAUCACUUUCACUGAUAUGCAGCUGUGGGACUUGGAGACUUGAGACACCGCCGUACGAUGAUACUCAAAGUCAAACUGUAUAUAAACGGACAUGAAAGUGGGGGAAAACCCCGGAAAGGAACUCAACUACUUGUGAAUGAAUUUCACCAACUUGCCGCUAAAAACCUGAACGUCAAUGCAGUACAACGAUCUAUUGCCAGUGUAAUUUGAUAUUCCAUAUAAGGAAAAAAAAUCAUUGUAUUCAUUAUUUGACCAGCCAAACUCCGGGUUUGUCGGGCUUAAAAAUUAUUUGGCAGGUCAUCAUGACCAGCGACCUAUUGUCCGUUAUUUUGAGCCCUGAGAGCACAGCCUUAAUAUCUUCUCUACAUUCCACCUGUGUACAUGUUAGUCAUUAUGAUACAUGAAAACUUUCCAUUUCUGAAAGGACCUUAUACACCCCUGUAGCUAGUAAAACAUGGUUUGCACUGUACGAUUGUUAAUAUGAUUGCUACAGUUGCUAAAAAAAAGUUUUAAAGCAAUCUGAGCAGUCUUAGCAAAGUACAGUAGUGAUAAUAUUAUUAUAUGACAGCCAGGAACAAAGUAAAACUAAAGUCUAUUUAACCACUAUAAUUAAACAUUUAUUUUUUAAGAUUAUUGUUUCCAAGUAAUCCCUGCGAAUGCUGAACAAACUUUCAGUUUGUGAUCUUUGCUGUCAUUGCAGCAGUGGUAGCGACCCUAUGGAAACCAGCCUUUAUUAUAAAAUGGUUAUUACACUAUAAGAGAGACAGCUGUAUUUUUUUUUCUGUGAUAAAAGUUCAUUUAUCCUGCUUUUUGCAUGGAUUAAGAUGCAAAAUGCUAUUGCAGUAGAGCCUCAAUGGCUCGAACUCCGAAAAACUUAAACUCAUCGCCAGAUCAAACUAAGUGAUAUUUCCCUUGGAUUCCACCCCACUUUUCAGUCAUUUUUGCUUGAGUAACUCGAAAUCCCAGCUAACUCAAACUAACUCGAAAUCUUGUUCUUGGAACCCCACUUGGAUGCCAUCUUUUUACUCUUCUUGUUUUAUAAUCUGUAAAAACACAAAAAUUAACCCUACAGCAAUUUGAUCUUAACUGGUGCAAAGAACAGAUCAUGUUUUAUCAUAAAAAUUCAUAAUCAUGUUACCCUUUCAAAUGAAAUAAGUAAAUUUGCACUAUACUAUACACUGAUGUGCAGGGAAAUUUAUUAGAAUGCCAAAUUGAAUAUUUGAUCAAUCCUGAUAACUCAAACCCUCGCUAACUUGAUCUGUUUUCCCUUGAGAGUUUGAGUUACAUGGGUUCUACUGUAUUAAUCUUUGUGGGGUUGUUUACUGUUCAUGUGAGAAUAAGUUCUCUAAAGAAAGGUAUCCUAAGUGACAAUCAUAGGUUUUUGGCCCAGAUGUUCCUAAACCUUUCAUUGCAUCCUUCAAUAUUGGUUCAAAGGAUGCUUCUGUUUUUCAUUCUUUUUGCCAGGUUAAGGGAUGUUUUUGAAGAAAAAGGUUUAUGAAGAUAAUAAAAGCAGUUUUACACUGUAUUUAAAGGAUCUUUUCAUUAAAAAGCAUUUUUAAUUUUGUCUAAACAAUGUUAUUUAAGUGAGUUGAUGCUCACCUCCAAGGAUUUGUUGCUUUGAGGGGAUGAAUAAAUUGCUAAUUUUUUUAUCACAGCAUUAGCAGCAGUUCUGAUAAUGAAACUGCUACUUUCCCUGAGAAAAAUGACUUUUUACUUCCUAAUUGGUCAAGUUGUGGUGAAGCUUAGUUAUCAAAGUUUAAAUAAAAUUAGGUAAUGAUCAGGCAGCACAAAUCAAACCAGUGAUUAAUUUUCUUGUUGUAUUACUAUAUUUAAAGGCAGUGUCAUUUUGUGUACGAUGCUAGUCUCAACAACAUUAUUUAUUGGAGUAAUGUGUUUGUCUUCAUGUGUCAGAGCACCCUAAGCAUAGAGAGAGACUGUGUUUGUGCCAUGACUUUUUUCAUGUCUUGCAACCCAUGCUGGCACAAUGUAGUUUUUGCUAACUACUGUAUGUCAAUAUUUUGUUUUUCUGCAGGCCGUCCACCUUGGUAUAAUUUGCAUGGAGAACUUAAAGAGCCAUUUGUCAUAGGUGUGUUAUACCAAAAUAUAAAAUCUGUUUUAGGAAAUUGCAUGUCAUGUAAGUGUUAUUGAUAGCCUUUUUAUAAGGAUAUAACAAAAUGACUAAUAAUGACAUAUUUAAAAGGCCAGACAGAUUAAAAGCAAGCCAUAAAACAGCAUUAGAAAGAAUAUUGUGGAUCCUUUUAUAGGCAUAUAAUUUGUGGUUCAGACACUUUUCGUUUGAAAUUUUCAAACCAGUUUAAUUUGUCCUCCUUUGUAUCAUGAAUCUGACUUAAGGGAAAAUAAAAAUUAAACUUGUAUGAUAAAGGUGAAUCAUACCCUUGGAGAAAAUUUAUUAUACUAAUUUUAAAAAAAAACUUUGACUGAGAGACUUCAAACCAACGAUCUUGAAGUCCAUAAGUGUACUUCUGAAGGCUGGCUGUAUGGAAGCCAGAAAAGCAAAAUUAAAGUUCAUGUUUUAAAUUAUUGAUGAGUCCAUUUGAGUACAUAUUUCUUUAGUCUGAAUUUCAAAAAACCCUUGGUUUCACCAGUUGAGGAGAAGCCAAUAUUUUACUACUGUAUUCUUCUUGUUGCUGUCGCAGUUUUAUCCCAACGUUAUGUCGUGUGUUGCCAUUUCAUUUGUCUUAUGUCUGUAUGUCACUGUUUUAAGGCCGCUUGUCAAAAUUUAUCCUUACUUGCCCUCAUUAAUGGGUAGAGGCAACAUGAAGCUCUGGGUAACCAUGCAGUGAUCUAGCAUCACAUCCAGGGAGGCAGAAUGGCCAAAUGGUUACAGUGCUGGACAACCAAUUCGGGGGCCCCGAGUUUAAGUCUCACCCUGACCACUAGCUUGAUAUGUUCACGGUAGUCCAGAGUUCAAAUCCUCGACCACGCUUGUAAAUAACCAGCUGGUUUGUCUCAGGCCAGUUGGGAUUCUUAACCCUGUUUUUGAUGAUAUUUGAAUUAUUUGUUUCAGUCAUUUGCUUGGCCCUACUAGCAAAAGUGCUAUAAAUACUGCCAAGGAUGAAUAUAGGAAUUAUUAUUACUGUUAUUAUUAGGGGGAUUAGAAAUACGCCAAGGUGCCUUAUAAUAUCAUCUUUUGCAUCAUCAGGUUUGUGUGGAGGAAGUGCUUCUGGCAAAACAACAGUUGCAAACAAAAUCAUAGAACAACUUGGGGUUCCUUGGGUGUGCAUGCUCUCACUUGAUUCAUUUUACAAGGUGGGUUUUUUUAGUUGUUGUUGUUGUUCUUUUGUUGUUGAGGCUUAAGUUUAAUAACCCACUAUUGGCAGUUCUUUUAUUGUAGGUGAAUAUAGACAGUAUAUUUGGUGUUUGUGCCUCAUCACAAUUUCACCGCUCUUGAGACUAGUUAUUAUAUGGCUAUCUCUAUAGAACUAUGUUUUCUGUGGGAUUAACCCAUUUUGUCUUGCAAGAAAAUAUUUUGUUUUGCCAAUAUAAUAUUGGCCUCAUUCAUUAAAAAUUUGGAAAAGAACUUGACCAAUAUCCAGCCUUCUUGACCGAACCUGCUCGUCCAAUAACUUGGUCAAUAUCAAGUAGGGAUGUCACUAAGAUUUCAAGUUGCUGGGUAAAUACAACAAGUAGCCUGGGAAUCAAACAGCUAUAGGGAUUUCUUUUGGUUUCCCGUGAAAGUAGCUGGGGGCCACAUUCAUAAUAGCCAUGGGAAAUCCCUGGCCCAAAGGCCUUGAUUACAGUCCUGUCAAGGCAUCAUACUUAGAGUGAUCUGUAAGGUGUUCAAAAGGUGGAGAAUGCUAUCCUCUGGAUAAAUCUCUAUUCACUCAGUGUAAUAUUGGUUUCCCUAAUACUCAGUGAUUUAUCUGGCCUCAGUUUCUCAAAAGCUGGAUAGCACUAUCCACUGGAUAAAUCACUAUUCAGUGGAUAAUUAUUAGGAAAGCCAAUUGUGCUAUCCAGUAGAUAGUGAUUCAUCGGGUAGAUAAUGCUAUCCACCUUUUGAACAACUGGGCUCGGGUGGUUAGUGCUAUCCAGCAUUUGAGCAGCAAGGGCCAGAAGGAAAUGUUUUUCCUGUACUGGUAAAAAUGUCAAGUAAAAAAGAAAAGUGAAAGAGGUUUGAAACUCUUUUCAGUGGCUGGGCUCUUAUUAAGACGUCAGUCAGGUGGCAUGUAAAAAACAAAGUCAUGGUUAAUGUUUGUUUGCCAGUCAGGGAAAUUUGUUAGAUGGUUGUUUUUCCCAGCUUUCAGAAGCUCUAUUUUGUUAAAUAAUUGUGACGCUAUGCUUUUCGUAUUUAAAAACAAGCUCAUUGCAUUCUGACAGGUACUUAACGCUGAACAACAUGAGGCAGCCAAGAGAAAUGAAUACAAUUUUGAUCAUCCAGGUAAAAAUAACAAAAUCUUAAACUUCCAAUUCUACCAAUGGAGAGAAUUGCAGUCGAACCUCCACUAUUGAACAGUCCUCUAGAACGGCCACCUCUCUACAACAGCCACUUUCUUCUUUCCCCAAGGUGGCCAUUUUGAACAGGCUCGACAGUAGAUGCCUUUAGUGGAAAACUUCAAGACUUCAUGCUACUACAUGUAACUUAUAUUUGCUGACCACCUUGUGUCAGCUUUUUAACUGGCUCCUCUUUUCUCUAGUAUUGAUGAUAAAGCCAUAUUUUCAACAGGAAAGUUAUAAAAUUAUUUGUAAAUUUGUUAAGCACUGCCCUCCCCAUCCUACUUGGGGCAGAUAUUUAGGACAGAUGUUAUUUCUUUAGAAAAAGCUGAGAACUGAGCAAGUAGCAGGGAUAAUCAAAUUUACAGAAGUCUAUAAAAAAUCUUGAUGUCCACCUUUUAACCAGAAUCCAUUGCACUUUAAUUUCAAUGUUGUCAUUGCAUGUGGAUGUACCACACUCCUACAUUUUGUGUUUUUAUUUAAGGCUCAUUGAAGCCUUCCUUGAGCAACAGAUGUAAUGUUUGGGAAGUUAGACAGUGUCUUGUGUGAGUUUAUUAAUAACAAAAUUAUUAAUAAUUAUUGAACGGGUUCAUAGAAAAAUGGCAUAUAUUAGGCAAAUUUGUUCCAAAAUUGAAGUGUUCAAAAACUGCCAAAUUUUUACAUUCAGACUGACCUGGCGAGUGACAUGGCAUCAGGCUUAUAAUCUCAUUAAGUCACUCUUUUGUCGUUAGAUUCGUUUGAUCAUGACUUAGCUGCAACAAUUUUGAAGAAGCUAAAGGAAGGAAAAAGUGUGCAGGUAAAACCUUGAUUUUUUUAUCUUUCCUUUUUUCUCAUGGCAAUUUUUUAAAUAUUUUUUUGACAAGCGAUGAUUUGUCAUUUUUCUUAAAGAUACCCAUUUAUGACUUCAAAUCUCACAGUAGGCUUGAACAGAAGGUAUGCUUUUGCUAUUAUAAACAUUACUGCGGUUUAUCAGUAACAUUAUUAAUUAUUAAUCAUCUGUCUUUUCUCAACUCCCAUUUUUGCAAAAAGCUAGUUCUGAAUUGUUUUGUCCAGCAUACUAUAAUAUGUUUGAGUAUUAAUUUUUUCUCAAUUUUUUUUUUCACGCUUACUUUUUAAAGUAAUUGUGCUGUUGUGGUUAAUAUAAUAAUUAUUGUUUUUUAUUCAUUCAAAAUAUUUUUAACAAGCUUACCUUCUUGUAGACUUCGUCAAAACUUUGGCCUAAUUCUCGGUAUGGUUUCAGGAUGUAAAUAGAUGUUUUUCCUUGCAGAUGCUACUCGAAAAGCAGAUAACAUCAAUCAAGCAAUAUGUUUUGCAUAUUCUCAUUUCUUCCAUCCAGUUAGUUAAAAAUUCAGCUAAAAUGUCUUGGAAUAGCCGUGAAAACGAUUUUCUUUUUUAGUUCACUCCAGAAUAAGCACCUAGGCAGCCACACCUGGAAAUGAGGUCUAUCAAUAUAUAUCAUAAUUUAUACCAUCAAAUUGAUGGUAUAUUGCUCCUAUCUUCCAAAUAUGGUAAGUGCCAGUUGGUUAUGAAGAAUUAGUUGGGGGAUUGGAGCCAAUCAGAAAUGGAGAAAUAUUUUGAAUGAAUAAAAAUAUAAAAUAUUAUAAUGAGUGACUUAAGGGAGUACUAAAUUCAUAAUAGGUAACAUUUUUCUGUGACUAUUUCCACAGAAAAAUUUAUAUGGUGCCAAUGUCAUCAUCUUUGAGGGAAUCAUGGCAUUUGCUUAUAAGGACCUGAGAGAUGUAAGUUAGAAAUUGUCCUGGGGAAGAAAUGGGGGCUGCAUAUUUACAGGUAUAUUUUGACCUGUCUCAGCUGUAUUUUUCUUAGUUUGUGAUUUCAGAUCAUAGUUUUAUCCCUGUUUUCAAAGUCAUUGAUAUAUCUCUGUGGAAAGUACCCUUCUGUACAGUACACUUACCUUCCUGUGUGCAGUGUUUAACAGCAUCAAACCCUUGAACUCCUGUUCCAAGAAAAUGUCUUGCUGGUCUUGGAAAUCUGUACAUUGUUUUCAUUCACUAGUUAUUGACUAUUUUUUUCAAGACUAGUACUCUCUGUUUGGAUUUUUUUUUGUCCCCAGUUGUUCAAAAGAUCAAUAGUGCUAUCCACUGGAGAAAUCUCUGUCAAGUGGAUAGCACAAUCAAGCUUUUGAACUAUGUGGGCCUGGCCCCCAUUGUUCAAAAGCUGGAUAGUGCUAUCCACUGGAUAAAUCACUAUCCAGCAGAUAAGUAUUUGGAAAACCAAUUGCGCUAUCCAUUCGAUUAUCCAUCGCAUAGUGCUAUCCACCUUUUGAACAACUGGGGCCUGGUUAUCAUCGGUAUUGCAGCCACCACAUUGUAACAGCCUGCCUGGGUUGAAAGGCAUUGUGGCAUAUUUAAGAGCCAGUGUUAUAAAUACUUACCCCAAAGUGUCCAUUUAUUAUGUAACUACUGUGGGACAACUCUGUUCUCAUCCCCACCCAGGGGCUUUUCUGUUCUUUUUAUAAACUUUUGCCCACGAGGUUGUGAGGGAAAUUUGUUGUGGUCAAAAUAUUCUGAAUAUUUUGUCCUAAUAACCUUGUUAACCUGGUUCUUCACAGAUGUUUCAUCGUCUUAUUUGCAUAUUUUUAGAAUGAUAUUAUAUAUGUAUGUUUUCUUUUUAGCUCAUGGAUAUGAAGGUUUUUGUUGAUGCUGAUCCUGAUGUUAGACUGUCAAGAAGGUCAGCUAACUUCAAAGUAAUUUUGUAUUAUUAAUUUCUCAUAAAACACUUGAACUGGACACGAUACAUGAUACUCUAGUAUCAUGAAAUUUAGUUUUGCAACAAUAAUGUAAAAGUGAAUUUGCAGUGUAAAGGUAUUUGUGACAGCCAAUUUGAAAUUUAGAUAUUAUGUAGUCAACUUAUGUGAGGUCUGGAGCCAAUAAUUUCUCUGGGGUCCAAGUCAACAUGUAGAUUUAAAAAUUCUGAGAGAUCAGGGUGCCUACCAUCUGGAGAUCAAGGUACGUACCGUCCAGAAAUUCCAGUAUGGUAGGAAAAUCAAAUGGCUCAGACCAUUUCAUUUUGAAAGCUUCAGAAAAUAUGGGCUGUUAUUGCAGGCGAUGCAUUUUUUUACUCUUUUCAGCCUGUUCAGCUUUUUUGAUAUACUUUAAUAUAUACAAUGUAAGGGUUCGUUCUCCCUUCAUGUCAAAUUUUAUAGUUUUAUGUUGAUGCACAAGGUUUCCACCCAAGAUUUCUUGAAAAUUUAUUUAAAGUGGCUGUUGCAAUAAUUAAUUAAUGUGAGGCUUUUAAUAAUAUUGUUAUUGGAUGAAUUAGGGGCCCCAUCUGUCAUGUUACGUGAAAAAUGAUCACUUUGACGAUGGAACAUUGGUUAUUGUCAAUAUCUCUUGUUUAACUUGAUUAAGUUUCAUGUGUUGAUUUUGUGUUGGAUUCUUAACCACCCAUUAGAUUAAAGAGAGACAUCACUGAGAGGGAAAGAGAUCUUGUUGGUGUCUUGCAACAGUACAACACCUAUGUGAAACCUGUAAGUAUUGCCCAGCCUAAGGCUAUACCAAUGUAGACAAUCAUGUCAUGGCCUACUAAUAAACCCUUCUUUCCAUAUUUCAGGCUUUUGAUCAGUACAUAGCACCCACUAUGAUCUAUGCAGACAUAGUUGUUCCCAGAGGUGGAGAAAAUAAUGUUGCAAUAGACUUGAUUGUACGUCAUGUGAGAACACAGCUGGAACAGGUCAGUGGUUGUUAUUUGUUGGUUUAACCCUUCAAGUCCCAAUAUCUGCAUACAAAUUCUCCAAAAUGGAUCUCGAGACAUUUCCUUAAAGAAUUACUUGAGAGAAUUUGAUAAACGAUCCGGGUUUUUUUUUCAACCUCUAGCCGUAUCUUUGUGGGGAAGGCCCAAGAGAGUGGUGGGAAACAGGCCUACCUCUCACUCCUAGAAUCAAUACACAAAUGGUUAGGCUAACUUAGGAGUGCUAGUUUUCAGACUGAGGAGGACUGGGUACGAGCCCGUAUGUUAUGGGAUAAUCAACAUAAGAUCCAUAUAGUCAGAAAGAACACUUUGAGCUUUACAAAAUCCCCAAGUUUGGUGUUAAUCGGGCACUAUUGUAGAACAUAAAGCAGCUCAAAAAAGUGAAAAUUUACAAAGGAGUGUAUAACCUUUUUAUGGUUAUAUGUCUGAAAAGGAUUACCGGAUAGCUUGUCCCGGACGUUGAUAUAUUUCUUAGUAAAUAUGGAGAUUUUGAAUGGCUGUAUUUCAUUAAAUUGUAGGCCGAGCAAACACUAAACUAAAGAAUUUUGUAAAGCUCGGUGAGCUUUUCCUGUAUAUUGAGGUGUCAUGUGGAUAAUCCCUUUCAUAUAGGGGCUCUUACCAAGUCCCUCUCGGUUUGGGGCCAUUCAAGUGAAUCUUUUCAGCAGUACCUUGACGUGAUAUCAUUAAUUUUUUGAGACUUAACAAAGUGGUAUUUGGAAUUUUUGUUGCUAUGACAAGGGACUCUAAGGAAUGCAAGGGACUAGUCUUCCUAGCUCCAAGGAGUGUCCCAGAUUAAAAUUAACGAAAAAAAGUUAAAAACUGCCAACUUUUAUCUGAAUGCUAUCAAAAACACACAAUGGUCUCAUUGGGAAGAAAGUUCCGUCAAAGGGUUUUAUUUUAUCACACCACAAACUCAUAGGCUAGAACCAUAUGACAUAAGAUCGUGAUCGACAAUGGAAGUGAAUAUAGUGAUUAUGUUAUAAUAUCUUUUGGUGUGUUUUUUUGUCUUUGGGUUUUUGUGCCCCGUUACAAAUUUUUUAGUGUUACAGCUUUCAAGAUCUAACCAUUAAUUGUCUUUUCUACCUCUGCUCUCAUAGAGAGGAUUCAAUUUCAGGUAAGCAACCAGUUCUUUGUCAUUUUGAAGCAGUACUUGCAAACUAACCUCAACUAAACCCUGGACCUUGUCAAUGAAAGAGCCUCUGAUAACCUACGUUCUUCAGUGAUUACUUUGUUACCAAGUGAUAGCUUAACGAGAAAAGAUUCUCAGGCUCAUACUGAUAAAACGUGCAUGCCCCGGGUAAAGUUCUUGAAGUGUAAAUUAUAAUUGUUCGUUGAAAUCUUGCCCAACAUUUGUCAACUAAGUUGAAGUAGACGAAACAGAUUUUUUAAAUGUUGUUUUGUCUUUUUUGGAUUGUUCUAGCAUUCAAAAUCUACCGUCAUCUCUCCUUCUGACUUUCCAUUGUAUAUGAAUGUGUCGUAAUGAUAAUAAAGUCGUGUGUCUUACUAAAUUUGCAGAGAGAAACUUCGUUAUGCGCAUCAAGGUCAGCCUCUUCCUUGUUCACUCAGUAUACUUGAAAGUACACCACAAGUCAGAGGACUUCAUGCUAUUAUAAGGUUAGACUACUAUUCCCUCGCUUUUCAGUAGGAUGUUAUUUUAUCAGCUAGUUUUCGAGCUUUGAUGUCUUCAUUUGCAAUCAAUGCGUGAAACCUUUUGCGCAACCUCUCUUACUGUCGUAUUUGUGUGUCUGCAGAAAUGAAGCAACCAGUCGAGAUGAUUUUAUCUUUUAUUCCAAGAGGCUGAUGAGAAUACUUAUUGAGCAUGCUCUCUCGCACUUACCUUUUAAAGUAAGUGCAAAAAAACUUUUUUCUUCCGAGCCGGCUGUGUCACUGACUGAAUAAACAUCUUUCUCGUACAGACAAGGAGAUGUUUCUCAAGUUUCCAUCUUUCUGUUGUCUCGUAGAAACAUGUAGUUACCUCAAUGGAAGGAACAACUUAUGAAGGAAGAAAAUUUGCGGGGAAAAGGGUAAGAAAAUUGUCUUUUUAAUUAUAUGGCUUGAGUUAAUUAGUAUUGUAAUGACGUACAGGGAAAUCGUUAAAUAACCUGUAGAUGGAGACAAAAUAAAAUAAUUUGUUGACACGGCGCAGUCCGCCUUUUCUCUUCUUAGUCCGUGCGUCGAAACGCGCGCGUGGUAAUAGGGAGCUUCAGCAAAGGCGGCAAACGUCAACCGAAAGUGAUGCCUUUUCUCUUUUAAUAUGCCUCGGUUCUACCGAAUUUUUAGCGCUUAGCGUCUUUACUGUUACAGAGACGGUUUGCCCAAAAAUGUGGGAAAAACCUCCGGCCAAGACUGCAAAAAGCCUACUUCCAUUUGACGCGCGUCGCUCAAAAACGUCUUUGCUUAAGCUCGCUAUUAAGGAGAUUAAGAGUCACGUUUACGGCAAACGGCAAACGUCAGAUUCAAGUUGAGAAUUUCUCAGAAUAGAAAAUAAGCAGAUAAAAACGGUACAGAACAAUUCUUAUGGAUAAAACUGGCGUGAAACUACUUAUUUUUUUGUAGAAGUAAUAAACAGUAAACGACAAUUAAGGGAAAAAACUUGGUCACGUGGUACAAAUUCACGUUUGCCGUUUGGCAUAAACGUAGAUCUUAAUCUCUAUGAUAUGGUACGCCGCACGACUGGGAGCGACUUGUCAACUGGCUUACGCCGGCAUUUCUUUUGGCUCGCGGCUUCUGUGUGCCCUUCACGGUACUUAAUGUAAGGGGGGGUUAUUCACUAACACUAACUUAAAAGAGAAAAAUAAGAGACCGCAGUGUGAUCAUAACCACGCAGGCGUUCUUAGGGCUGUCUCACGAAAGAAUGCUUGACGAAGCCCUAAGAACGGCUGCGUCGGAGACUAACUGAUUGGUAAAAUGUCUGUUUUUCAUUUCAGUUGUGCGGGGUGUCAAUUCUUCGAGCUGGUGAAACAAUGGAGCCAGCUUUAGAGUCUGUCUGUAAGGAUGUCAGAAUAGGCAAAAUCCUUAUUCAAACCAAUGAAGAGACAUUUGAACCUGAGGUGGGUCUUUCUCUUUAGGAAAGAUACUAGUUUCGUUUUUACAGUAGCUUGCUACUCGAGGCGGGUUAAGUCGUAGUUACGUGGUGUAUGAGGACGUAUAACAUACCGACAUUUAUCUUAUUACAUAAAGAAUACAGCCAAUCAGAAAGCUAGAAACCCAUAGCAAAUCCUGCGAUAUUAGCGAUAGGUGGUAUUUCAAGAAAACUUCCAAGCGAUACUUGCGUUCGCCACAUUUUCCUGCCGAGCAGAUUGCGAAUUUCCUGGAGCGACUCUUUGAAAAAAACAAGUAAACCUGAAUUUCAGCGUUCAUUUGGUCCUCUCAGAAGUAGCCUGAUAAAACAGCCGACAUUUGUCGACGCUACCGCUGGUUUUCCCGCCAAAUGACGUCUGAGAAACGAGCGCAGAAAUUCCAUACUGAUGACGUGUCACUUGCCAGGUCUGGGUAGGUAUACCACUCGCAAAGAAACUUUCCAAAAAUUACAAUCUCAAGCUUGACAACAGUUGUUCAUAGCUUUUCCACUUGCAUUAAUAACAUUGUUUGCCUUAUCUUCAUAAUUCAAUAAUGGAUAUGAGUUCAUAGCAGUCGUUCUUUGCUUUCUUCCUAGCUUCAUUACUAUCGUCUUCCAAAAGGCAUCAGUGAGGAUCACGUGAUUCUUAUGGACGCCACUCUCGCCACAGGGGCGGCAGGUAAACCUUCAUCAGUUACACCAGGAAGUUUUUCCGUGAUGGAGAUUUUCCUUAAAGGAGCUGUAUCACGGUUGUCUAGUUCAGUGCCGCGUCAUCGAAUAAAUUACUAUGUCUCCCAAGCAUUAUAUCAAACGUGACAAACAAAAAUGAACUUUCGAGAACUCUUAGCGAACAAGUUUAAAAAACCAUAAUUCGUCCAUCCGUUCUUACUUCGGUAUUUGCUGUAUUAUUUUACCUUCUUGUAAUGUUUUGAGCGGUUAUUUUAAGGUUUUUCCAAUUUUGUGGCAGUUCUCGCCGUUUGAAUUCGUCAAAUUUCGUGACACAGUGCCUUUAACAAACUUUCUUUUUCAAGUUGUCCUCAAGUGUAAAUGGAAAACUCCUCCAAGGAAGUAGGUGUCAUACUGUAUUUUGAAAAAAGGGUCGCGUAUGACGCACCAAGACGGGAGGUCGUUGUCGUAGUUUCGCGGAGAAAGCAAAAUGCUGUACUUUGUGUAUUAACAAGUCAGAAAGCUACUUUCUUUCAUUGAUAUUCAGAAAUCUCGUCUAAAGUUAGAGACACUCUGUGAAGAAUACUUGACUUACAGCUUCGGUAAAGUUGGUUCCGUUAAAGUAACAGCGACUUUUCUGUCAAGUCAUGCUCAUGCUUUCAGUUUUCAAUGCUGUAUUAUUAGAUGUCAUUUAAAGUAUACCUUUUUUAUUCUUUUAACAGCUCUCAUGGCCAUCAGAGUUUUGCUGGUGAGUAAUCUGGCUCGUCAGUUUUUGACGGGAACGUUCAAAUCGUAUCCUGGACAAAUCGUCCCCGGAAAACUGUUCCUAGUGUUGGGGACUUCUGUGGAGAUAUUUUGAUGAUAUUCCAACUUUUCCGUCCGUUGACGAAAUCCUGUAGUGUGGUCAUCAAAAAUGAGACGUCUUCAGCGUGCCUUUACAUGUUGAAUUUUAUUUACUUAGUACGUCUGUCCUUGUAACUUUUGCGAGUCUGUGGAAGAAAUCCGGUGGUGUAACCAUGUAAAUGAAACCUCUUCAGCAGUCUUAUCACAUGGUACUGUAUGUAGUUCUAUCUUUUAAGUUUUUGGAUGAAAUUCACUUCCAUAGCGCUUGACUGCAGAGCGGGAGGCCGUGGGUGGGAUCCGUUGGACCAAUACUCAGGGUCUUGAAAUAACUGAGAAAUGAAGGUACUGCCUUUGCCCUGCAAAUGGCUAGACCUUCGCGUGACUCAGAUGACCACGUAAAAUAGUAGGAGACACUAAAAUAGUGUCUUCAAUUAUUACUUUAGUGCUAAGCACAUUGAAAUUCAAAUAAGGUGAUCGUAUGGUGUGACCAUACAAAUUUCGUAACAGUACUUUGUAUGGUACGUGGUACUAUCUGCAUUUUCCUGGAAUUCCGAUUUCGGGAACCACUUGCAUUGGACAAGAUUACUUUGUUAACGUCUAAAUUUCUGAGAUUUACUGAAACUGGAGGUUGAAGUUAUAGCGACUUCCGGUCUUCAGUUUGAAAUACAGGGAAGAAAUUUAAUCUGUUGCGUUUGUGUUUUCCUAACCUGAUAUCAGGCUCUAUUUUCGUUUCGCUUGGUAGAUAAAAUUCCGGUGGGCUUUUGGCCAAAAGUGAGCCUGAUCUCCGGUUAGUGUUUUCGACACAAAGGCCGAUCCGCACAAGAUGACAAAUUUGGAGUUCUCUUUCAAAUAUCUAAACGAAAAAUUUUAUGGGGACAAUUUCUGUUUUUAAAAAAAUUUAUCCGCACUGGCAACUUUUUCUCUCAACAGGUUGACAUAUCUGUCACUACUUUGUGAAAGAACAACAAAUGAUUGACAAGAACAACACAUUUUCGUUUAUUUAAGUCGAUUUUGCCCAGGGAGAAGUUUUGUCCGCGCCCCAAUUGCAGAUUGCCCCGUCUCAGACAAAAUUUGUAAAAUCGCGACAAACCUUCCGCGUUUGUUAGGCGUUGGUGAUGACUGAAGAUGUGUCUAAAUGAACAGCUUUCCCGCUUGUGCGGAUCGGACCAAAUUUAGGCUGUGUACAGACGCCCCCUCCCCGCCAAAAAAUCGGGGAUUUUUUUGAGGGAUGAGAAUGUUUGUAUACAGGCAAAACUGCUUUGUAACGCGUUUUUUUUUUCUUUCACAGUUUACAGGUGUAACGGUGAAUUGAAAUUUCCUUCUCUUCUUACAGGACCAUGAUGUCAGAGAGGAAAACAUUUUGUUUUUAUCGUUGAUAGCAGCCGAGUCAGGUAAUCACCUCUGUUGAAGAAAAUAUUAAGUAGGGGAGAAUAAACCUUAUAUUUUAUUUUGCUAGUUACAACCUCUACUAAACGUUAAGUUAGUCAGUUUCACGUUUUAUGCAUGGGUCGACAGUAACCGUAACAUAUUGAUCUCAGUGUUUUUAUAGGUGUUCACAGGAUAGCCCACUCUUACCCAAACAUAUCAAUCUGUUUUGUACAGAUGUUCACAGGAUAGCCUACCCUUACCCAAACAUAUUAAUCUGUUUUGUAUAGAUGUGCACAGGAUAGCCUACGCUUACCCAACAUAUUGAUCUGUUUUCUAUAGGUGUUAGCCUACCCUUACCCAAACAUAUUAAUCUGUUUUGUAUAGUUGUUCACAGGAUAGCCUACGCUUACCCAAACAUAUUGAUCUGUUUUCUAUAGGUGUUCACAGGAAAGCCUACCCUUACCCAAAUAAAUUAACUUGUUUCGUAUAGUUGUUCACAGGAUGGCCCACGCUUACUCAAACAUAUUGAUCUGUUUUCUACAGAUGUUCACACGCUAGCCUACGCUUAUUUAAACAUAUUGAUCUGUUUUCUAUAGGUGUUCACACGAUAGCCUACGCCUACCCUAACGUGAAAAUAAUCACAGCUGCUGUAGAUCACGAAGUGAAUGAUAAAUAUCAUAUAAUACCCGGUAUAGGUAAGUUGAGUGGUUACUUUUGGCAGCCACGCGAUCCGCUUUUGAGAAGUAUCUUUAUUAGUUGGCUAUGCUCUCACUGAUUAUUCAUAAACUGGUGAAAGUGUUCGCCCUUUUCCAUCAGUUUCCCCCUUUUUUUCAUUUGUUUGAAACUAAAGAAAGCAUUGCCUGGUGUUUUUUAGUUGAUAGGAAAAUUUUUUUUGCGAAACACAGGAAUUACAGGCUUCGAGAAAUUCACCAUCUACACUCAACCUCGUCCCCAGGGCUUUUCUCUCAAAAAAUGGGUGGGAAAAGCCCUGGGGACGAGGUUGCAUCUACACACUGCGUCACAGACGUUCGCAGACGUAAUCUACGCUCGGCUAGUGACGUCAGCGAGACUUUCUUGUUCUGGGCCCCUAACGGACUCAACCAAUCAUGAGAACUGCGUUUCGAAUUUCUCUUCAACCUGAUUGGCAAUUCGAGAAUGGCUUUUUUAAACCUGGUUCACAGGUGGGAACCCAGAACAAGAGGGAUUUCGGAUCAAUAUUUGGGGUCGUAAAAUAACUGAGAAAUGAAGGCACUCCCUUUGCACUGAUCGCGGCUCGACCUUCGCGCGGCUCUGAUGACCACGUGAAAUGGCGGUCCCCAGUAGUUCGCAACUAAUACUUUCGUGCUAAAUCCAUUGACACUCAAAUAAAAUUCUCUUUUUUUUUUUGCUAAAUCGCUACUGACUCGUAAGUCGGGAACUGUGCGAGCCUCACGCGUGUGUUUGGCGUGAGGAUAAAAGUUUCUUCUCAGCCUCACACUCCAUUUUCACGCUCGCUUCAGCGCUUUCCUUUCAAGACCGCUUGUGUAGCCUUUGUAUCCUGUUCGAGCUCUCAGUGAAGUAGACUCGAUUUCCGCUACUCUCUCGGUCCUCCCCGAGAAGAACGAGGAGCGCGGGCUCGUUACCCGAACAGCGACUGGUAAUUGUGUUUAUUCAGUGAGGCCAGAAGAAAGGGGCGCGCGAAAUAAAAGAAAGGAGGACAUGGGGGGAGGAAAGGGGCAAACGCUCAAACACCCUUUAUCUCUUUUCCCAGUUCUUGCCGGUUUCUGUCGUUAUUGUUUUUGUUUUUCUUUCUAUUUUUUUUUUCUUUUUGCUCGUGCCCACUAAGCGAUAGCCUGGAACAGGCUAAACGGAGACGUGCGACUCUUGCAUUGUAACCUAAUUAUGACUACGCUAAGUUUUUAACUAAAGAACCUUUUUGCAUUUGUUUUUCAGGAAAUUUUGGGGACCGUUAUUUUGGGACUGCGGAUUAUUGAUACAUGUAUAAAUAUAACGUUAAAUUAUUAAGAAAUCCCUUAUGUACAAUAAGCAAAAACGUAAAUUUUCAAAAACCAUGCGCUUCUCAUUUCUUUGCAGUCUUGCUGAAGUUGGCGUAUAUGUAUGGUGUGAUUUUCCACAUCCGCGAUGUUUUUGUAUUCAUGUAUAAACGACAUGAUUUCGAGAAAUUCUGCUGUGCAGUUCGCUUCUGGAAUGCUGAACGACGCUCCUAAAGCUACGAGCAGACGGACGCAACAACUCCCAGCAUUGUUGGCCCAACAUCGUUGGGAGUUACUGGGUCCGUUUGCACGUAGCUAAAAGUUUGACCGGUUUCAAACUUUGCGCAACAAGACGCAACGGGGUUUGCAAAUGGACGGCAAUGGGGUAGCAAUCACACGCGCGAAAGACUUCUGCGCGCGCGAGUAGCAUCCACGCUUAACUACAGGAUCGAUACAGAAAGCGAACUGCGACAGGGAAUUUUGCUAAAUAAGCUCCAUUUGUUACUGUUAUAUUUUUGUUCCACUGUGUCCACAUAUAAAAACAUUUGUUGAGAAUAUCAACACAAAUUUUAAAAGCGCGCGGGCAAAAAUGUUGGGGAAUGGUAUUCAACACUUGCGGCUUUGAUUUACUCAAGACAUUAAAAAUUUUAAACCAUUUGAAAUUACUUUCGCUUACGUGGACAGUCUGAAAAGCAAUUUAAAGUAGCAAGAACUAUAUAUUUAUGAGAGCUUCUUUGUAAAGUAAAUUUGAUGAAAUUUUGUAAGUUUAGUCAAUAAUACUCGAACUGGAAAAUAAAUUAUCG